AUGACUUGUAGUGAGUCGGCCGUCAUGGACGAGCUACAGAGGAAGAUGACUCAGCGUUAUGAGAGCACCAAACCCAGGAAGGUGAGGUUCAAGCUGGCGUCGUCCUACAGUGGCCGCGUCCUGAAGCACGUGUAUGAGGACGGACAGGAGCUGGACAGUCCAGAGGAGAAGUAUCCGCACAGCUUCGUCCACCGCAAGAUUCCACCCAGCCACCUGGAGAUGGAGCAACUUUGUGGAUUUGAAGAUACAGAUGAGCAGAGUUUCUAUCCCCCCACAGGGCUCAUCGCCCAGAGGAUCAAUGUGUACAGAGGAAUGGGAAGCUACAAGCCUGCAGCAGCGCACGUGGAGGAAAAUGGAGCAGACCCCAACUCGUCCGUGUUGGACUUUGGCAAGAUCAUCAUUUACACCAGCAACCUCCGCAUCAUCAGAGCUCCUCAGAAGAAGCCCGAGUCCCAGCGCCAGCACCCCAUCCCACCUGCGAGCCUGGAGGGAUUCCCAAAAGCCAGGGAGCGGAGCAGCAGGCGGAGAACCAAGGCUCUUCACGCGCAGCACGCCGACUCCAGGGAGGAGAAACAGAUGAGGGACACAGAGAACAAGGACGCCGGCGCCUGCCAGCACUGCGGCGGCUCGGGCUGCGCUCCCUGCUCUCUGUGUCACGGCAGCAAGCUGUCCAUGCUGGCCAACCGCUUCAACGAGUCCAUCAGUGAUCUGCGCUGCCAGGCCUGCUACCCCCACGGUCUGGAGAAGUGCCAGUCCUGCUCCGGCAACUAA